CAGGGCCCCGGGGAUGUGGCUGCUCGUGGGGCUCUUGCUCCUCUGCUCCAGCACGGCGCGGAGCCUGAAGAUCUGCUCCUUCAAYGUGAUGUCUUUCGGAGAAGCAAAACUGGCCAGGCAAGACGUCCUCGAGGUCGUMGUAAAGGUCAUUUCCCGCUGCGACAUCAUGUUGCUAAUGGAAAUAAAGGAAAACAACAACAGGAUCUGCCCCCUCCUGAUGGAGAAGCUGAACAGACGGUCGAAAGGACCCAAAGAAGAUUACAGCUACGUGGUCAGCAAACGGCUGGGCAGGAACACCUACAAGGAGCAGUACGCCUUCAUCUACAGGCAACACCUGGUGUCGGUGAAGCAGGUUUACCAGUACCCCGAUCUGCAGCCGGGGGACGAGGAUGCCUUCUCCAGAGAGCCCUUCAUCGUCUGGUUCCUCUCGCCCAAAACGGAUGUCAAAGAGUUUGCUAUAAUCCCCCUGCACACCACCCCAGAAACAGCAGUGCGGGAAAUCGAUGAGCUCUACGAUGUGUAUUUAGAUGUGAAGCAGCGCUGGAAAAAUAAGAACUUCAUCUUCAUGGGGGACUUCAACGCUGGCUGCAGCUACGUCCCCAAGAAGCAGUGGCAGAACAUCCGCCUGAGAACCCAGCCGGAAUUUGUCUGGCUGAUCGGUGACCAGAACGACACCACGGUCAGGAGAAGCACCAGCUGCCCAUAUGACAGAAUCGUGCUGAGCGGCGAGGCGCUCGUGGGGGCCGUGGUGCCGCGCUCGGCCGGCGUCUUUGACUUCCAGAGGGCGUUUCGGCUCACGGAGGAGCAGGCGCUGGGCAUCAGCGACCACUUCCCCGUGGAGUUUGAGCUGAAGACCUCGGGCUGGCUGAAGGCGCCGCUUCCGAGGAAGAGGAGGCCGAGGAAGCAGCGCCGGCAGCCGCGGGCAGCGUGA